GCGGUUGAAGACAAAACAGCUGAUCAUACGAUCGAAAGAUGAUAACAACAGUCGGAACAAUUUUGACAAAGUUUCGUGUCACCAGUGCUGCCCAAAAAUACCUGUCCACGUACACGUGUAAGGAUGGAGUUGGCACCAUUUUACUGGACAAUGAAAAAACACGCAAUUCACUUUCGCUGGACAUGAUGAACAGUAUUCACAGCAGUAUACUCGACAAUCAGCAUGACACGGAACUGCGGUGCAUUGUUUUGGCGGCCCAAGGUCGUGUAUUUUCGGCGGGUCACAACCUUAAAGAAUUAACUCCCGAACACGGUUCAGACCGCCACCGACAGAUAUUUGACAAAUGUGCGGAAUUGAUUGAUGCUAUCCGAUCGGCGCCGGUUCCAGUGAUAGCCAAAGUUGAUGGCUUAGCUGCUGCGGCAGGGUGUCAGCUGGUAGCAUCCUGUGAUAUGGCAAUUUGCAGCGAUGUCAGCACAUUUUCUACGCCAGGGGCCAGCUUUGGAAUAUUUUGCUCAACGCCAGGGAUCGCUGUAGUGCGAGCCAUACCCCGCAUGAGAGCGGCGUAUAUGCUAUUUACCGGACUACCCAUAACAGCGAACGAAGCUCUGGAAGCCGGACUUGUAAGUAAAGUAGUUCCCAAAGCUCAACUCAACGAAGAGGUUAACAACAUUUGUAAAGCCAUAUCAUCGAAAAGUCGUUCUGUGAUUGCACUGGGUAAGAAUUUUUUUUACAAGCAAAUACCAUUAGAUGUUUCUGCGGCGUAUGAACUAGGUGCGCAAAUAAUGGUUGAAAAUUUGGCGAUGAUCGAUGGGCGGGAAGGAAUCAAGAGCUUUGUGGAAAAACGUGUACCACGUUGGAGCCACAAGGAAUGA